GCGUGUUCUGGAGAGACGCCGGACUGCAACAGCCAUGGCAAAUUCUUACCCGUUGUAAAUAGUUAAUUCCAAGUUUACAAUGUUUGGAGUAAAAGUUAACCGUAAGAAAAGUAACUGUGUUUGCGAGCCGUUGACAUAGUAGACAGUUUAUCCGUUUAAACAUGUUUCGUCAGGCUGUUAAGAAACUAGAUACCUUGAUACCAGAUGCUGGAAAACAACUUGUGAUGACAGCAAUGUCCACAAUUAAAUGUGUGGUAGUUGGAGAUGGAGCCGUGGGUAAAACCUGCCUUUUGGUUUCUUUUACGAACAAAUUCCCAUCAGAACCAACAGUGUUUGAUAACCAAGCUGCGACUGUAACGUUUGAUGGUGAACCAUACACCAUUAGAUUAUUUGAUGCUGCGGGUCAGGAUCAAUUACGACCCUUAUACUAUCCCCAAACAGACGUCUUUCUAGUUUGUUUCUCUGUAGUUUCUCUGUCCUCUUUUGAAAAUGUAAAAGAAAAGUGGGUGCCUGAGAUAACUUAUCACUCUCCGAAAACCCCCUUUCUGCUGGUUGGGACUCAAAUCGACCUUCGAGAUGAUCCUGUAACUAUUGCAAGGCUUGCAAAAAACAAACAAAAGCCAAUCAAACCAGAGACAGCUGAAAAACUAGCCAGAGACUUAAAGGCAGUCAACUAUGUUGAAUGCUCUGCUCUAACGCAGAAAGGACUCAAGAACGUGUUUGACGAGGCGAUAUUAGCAGCUCUGGAGCCCCCGGGAUCCCAGAAGACAUGCGGAUGUGUGCUUUUAUGAACUGGACAAAUCUGGGUGUAAACCAAUAGGAUUGUUUUAUUUUUGUACAGGUUUUUAAUCAGGAAAGUAACAGUAGCUUUUACUUGACAGGUGCUUUCCACAUCAUUUACCUCGGUACUCAUAUCACAUAGUCAGAUGAUAUGUGUGCAAAUUUUGCCUUUAAGACUUUAACGAUGCUUCACAACGAAGAUAUUCAGCUAUGGUAGGGUAGAGUGGGGUAAGAUGUGCCAGUUCUUAUUUGUCUAACAAUGAAGGAGAUUUUGAAGUAAAUACUUUCGUUUGUGUGCCAAUGUCUGUCAAAAGCUUAAUUUAGAAGACUUUACAGAGCCAUAUGAGUGUCUCGUCUCACAUGCUGUUUUAUGUCAAGUUGAAUCACCAGAGUAUAUGAGAGACUUGUAUUUUGAAUAAAAGGAUGAAAAAAUAUUUAUACAGAAACUGUA